CCGGUCAGUAACAUAGUGCCCUAGCCGUUUAGUUUCUUUGUACCCGUCAUGCAUGAUCGGUCUAAACUUGCUGACCAGGAUGUGGAGUCUUUGGAUUUAUCGUCUCUUACUCCAUUGACACCAGAGGUGAUAAGUCGGCAGGCCACAAUUAACAUAGGCACCAUCGGUCAUGUGGCACACGGCAAAACAACAGUCGUUCGCGCAAUUUCUACUGUUCAUACUAUUCGUCACAAAAAUGAGCUCAUUCGGAACAUUACUAUCAAGCUUGGUUAUGCGAAUGCGAAAAUCUACAAGUGUAACAACGGUGAAUGCCCACGACCGGCUUGUUACCGUUCCUUCGGAAGCACAACGGAGGACUCUCUACCCUGCCAGCGUCCUGAGUGUGGCGGAACUCUGGUUCUUCAAAGACACGUGUCCUUCGUUGACUGUCCAGGCCAUGACAUCCUGAUGGCUACAAUGCUCAACGGUGCAGCCGUUAUGGAUGCCGCUCUUUUGCUUAUCGCCAGCAACGAACCGUGCCCACAGCCACAAACCAGCGAACAUCUGGCCGCUGUGGAAAUAAUGCGUCUCAAAUACAUUAUCAUACUGCAAAACAAGAUUGAUCUUAUAAAGGAGAGUCAGGCACGGGAACAAUAUGAACAAAUACUUCAAUUCAUCAAAGGCACUGUGGCAGAAGGCGCACCAGUAGUACCGAUAUCUGCUCAGCUCAAGUAUAACAUCGACGUUGUGUGUGAUUACAUAGUGAACCACAUUCCUGUCCCUGUUCGCGACUUCACAUCUGCUCCCCGUCUGAUUGUCAUUCGGUCGUUCGACGUCAAUAAACCCGGUUGUGAAGUCGAUGACCUCCGCGGUGGUGUCGCUGGGGGAUCUAUUCUGCGGGGAGUACUAAAGGUACACCGUCUCAAACCCACAAAUCCCUAUGCCAGCGUCUUCGUUGGUGGUACAACGGGAGUGAAUUUUGUGUGGAACGACGAAAGUGUCUCACAAGCCACGUGGACAGCUCCCUCUUUUCUUUUUCGUUUCACUGUUAUGCCAUCUCCCUAGACGGGGUCACCUGCCAUACCAUCUUUUUGUUAUCCCAGUGGUGUUGUCUGUACUUCGAUGUCU